AUGGCGCCGUCAUCGCCGCGCGUGCUGUCCGCGCUGGUGUUGCUGGCCGCCGCCGCCCUGCCAGCUCUGGGGCUGGGAGCAGCCGCCUGGGAGCUGCGGGUGCCCGGCGGGGCCCGUGCCUUCGCCCUCGGACCGGGCUGGAUCUACAGGUUGGACACCACGCGCACGCCUCGGGAGCUGCUGGACGUGAGCCGUGAGGGGCCAGCAGCCGAUCAGCUGCUUGGGCUAGGCGUGGGGACUCGGGGUUGUGCACGGUUGGCCGGGAGGCUGCUGCCGCUGCAGGUCCGGCUGGUCGCCCGCGGCGCCCCGACCGCCCCGAGCCUGGUACUGAGGGCACGCGCCUAUGGUGCCCUCUGUGGGGUCCGGGUGCUCAGCCGCUCGGCCCGCGGUACGGAGCUGCGCUCUCGGGCCGUCCGCUCCGUGCCUGGGCUCGGAGAUGCGCUCUGUUUCCCGGCUUCUGGCGGCGGCGCAGCCUCACUGACUUCGGUGCUUGAGGCCAUCACCAACUUCCCCGCCUGCAGCUGCCCGCCGGUCGCUGGGACCCGCUGUAGGCGCGGACCCAUUUGCCUGCGGCCAGGAGGUUCAGCUGGGCUGCGCCUGGUGUGCGCCCUGGGACGCGCGGCAGGCGCCGUUUGGGUAGAGCUGGUAGUAGAGGCGACCUCCGGUACGCCCUCAGAGUCGCCCUCGGUGUCGCCAUCGUCGCUUAACCAGUCUCAACCUCGGGCGGGGGUGGUGCGACGAUCUAGGCGGGGCGCGGGCAGCAGCACGAGCCCGCAGUUCCCGCUGCCCAGCUACCAGGUGUCAGUGCCUGAGAAUGAGCCUGCGGGCACUGCGGUCAUCGAACUGCGCGCGCACGACCCAGACGAAGGCGAAGCAGGACGCCUUAGUUACCAGAUGGAGGCGCUGUUCGAUGAGCGCUCUAAUGGCUACUUCCUCAUCGAUGCCACCACGGGUGCAGUGACCACGGCCCGUGCCCUGGACCGCGAGACCAAGGACACUCAUGUACUCAAAGUUAGUGCUGUGGACCACGGCUCCCCGAGGCGCUCAGCUGCCACUUACCUCACCGUAACUGUCAGUGACACUAACGACCACAGCCCGGUCUUUGAGCAGUCUGAGUAUCGAGAGCGAAUUCGAGAGAACCUCGAGGUGGGCUAUGAGGUUCUGACCAUCCGUGCCACCGACGGGGAUGCACCUUCCAACGCCAACAUGCGCUAUCGUCUGCUGGAGGGCGCAGGUGGUGUCUUUGAGAUAGACGCACGAUCGGGGGUCGUGCGCACAAGGGCUGUGGUGGACCGUGAGGAGGCGGCUGAGUACCAGCUGCUGGUGGAGGCCAAUGACCAGGGUCGCAAUCCAGGCCCACUCAGUGCCUCAGCCACCGUCCACAUAGUGGUAGAAGACGAGAAUGACAACUACCCCCAGUUCAGUGAGAAGCGCUAUGUGGUUCAAGUCCCAGAAGAUGUAGCUGUCAACACUCCUGUGCUUCGAGUCCAGGCCACUGACCGGGACCAGGGACAGAAUGCAGCCAUACACUACAGCAUCGUCAGCGGCAACCUGAAGGGUCAGUUCUACCUGCAUUCACUUAGUGGGAGCCUGGAUGUUAUCAACCCGCUGGACUUCGAGGCCAUCCGGGAGUACACCCUGCGCAUCAAGGCACAGGACGGGGGGCGACCUCCUCUCAUUAAUUCCUCAGGGCUGGUCUCGGUGCAGGUGUUAGAUGUGAACGACAAUGCACCCAUCUUUGUGAGUAGUCCCUUCCAGGCUGCCGUGCUGGAGAAUGUGCCCCUCGGGCACUCGGUGCUGCACAUCCAGGCAGUGGAUGCGGACGCAGGGGAGAACGCCAGGCUGCAGUAUCGUCUAAACCCCGUCUCUGCUCCAGACUUCCCCUUCCAGAUCCACAACAGCUCCGGUUGGAUCACUGUGUGUGCAGAGCUGGACCGAGAGUUACUAGAACACUACAGCUUUGGAGUAGAAGCGGUGGACCACGGCUCGCCGCCCAUGAGCUCCUCGGCCAGCGUGUCUAUCACGGUGCUGGAUGUAAACGAUAACGACCCCGUGUUCACGCAGCCCGUGUACGAGCUGCGUCUGAACGAGGAUGCAGCUGUGGGGAGCAGCGUGCUGACCCUCCGGGCCCGAGACCGAGAUGCCAACAGUGUGAUCACCUACCAGCUGACGGGCGGAAACACCCGCAACCGCUUUGCCCUCAGCAGCCAGAGCGGCGGUGGCCUCAUCACCUUGGCCCUGCCCCUGGACUACAAGCAGGAACGGCAGUAUGUGCUGGCCGUGACUGCGUCCGACGGCACGCGUUCACACACAGCGCAGGUCUUCAUCAAUGUCACCGAUGCCAAUACCCACAGGCCUGUCUUCCAGAGCUCCCACUACACGGUCAGUGUUAGCGAAGACCGGCCCGUGGGCACCUCCAUUGCCACCAUCAGUGCCACAGAUGAGGAUACGGGUGAGAACGCCCGCAUCACCUAUGUGCUAGAGGACCCAGUACCACAGUUCCGCAUUGACCCGGACACUGGCACCAUCUAUACCAUGACGGAACUUGACUAUGAGGACCAGGCUGCCUACACGCUGGCCAUCACGGCUCAGGACAAUGGCAUUCCUCAGAAGUCAGACACAACCUCUCUGGAGAUUCUUAUCCUCGACGCCAACGACAAUGCGCCCAGGUUCCUGCGAGACUUCUACCAGGGUUCUGUUUUCGAGGAUGCCCCCCCAUCUACCAGCGUCCUCCAGGUGUCUGCUACAGACCGGGACUCGGGCCCUAAUGGCCGCCUCCUGUAUACUUUUCAGGGUGGGGACGACGGAGAUGGAGAUUUCUACAUUGAGCCCACAUCUGGUGUGAUCCGUACCCAGCGCCGGCUGGACAGGGAGAAUGUGGCCGUGUAUAACCUUUGGGCUCUGGCUGUAGAUCGGGGCAACCCAAAUCCCCUUAGUGCGUCAGUGGAGGUUCAGGUGACUGUCUUGGACAUUAACGACAACCCCCCAGUGUUUGAGAAGGACGAGCUGGAGCUGUUUGUGGAGGAGAACAGCCCUGUGGGUUCAGUGGUGGCAAGAAUAAGAGCGAAUGACCCGGAUGAGGGUCCAAACGCCCAGAUCAUGUAUCAGAUCGUGGAGGGCAAUGUGCCCGAGGUCUUCCAGCUGGAUCUACUGAGUGGGGACCUCCGUGCCCUGGUCGAGCUGGAUUUUGAGGUCCGGAGGGACUAUAUGUUGGUGGUGCAGGCCACAUCCGCUCCUCUGGUAAGCCGGGCCACCGUGCACAUCCGUCUACUGGACCAGAAUGACAACCCGCCGGAGCUGCCCGACUUCCAGAUCCUCUUCAACAACUAUGUCACCAAUAAAUCCAAUAGCUUCCCUAGUGGUGUGAUCGGCCGCAUCCCAGCCCAUGACCCUGACCUAUCCGACAGCCUCAAUUACACCUUUCUGCAAGGCAAUGAGUUGAGCCUGCUGCUGCUGGAUCCCGCCACAGGAGAGCUGCAGCUCAGUCGGGACCUGGACAACAACCGGCCACUGGAGGCGCUCAUGGAGGUGUCUGUGUCAGGUAUGGCCCAGGUACUGGGUGAUGCCGUCUUCUGCCCAGAUGCCCAGUGGGGCUGCCUCUCCUUCUCCGAUCUGCACUUCUUUGGCUGGCAUAGCAGGCGCCAAGUUCUAGAGGUACAUUCUAAAGCAGCACGGGCUUUCCUGCGUGUAAUCCGCGUGGGAGGCGAGCGGAGGGCUCCAGGCAUCGUCUCAUUCCUCUUCCCCAACCCCUGCUAG